AUGGUAGCUCUCUCAAGGCUGCCUACGAGGGAUAGGUUGAGCGCUUGGGGAAUAAAUGUCCCUCUGCAUUGCGUCCUAUGUUCUGAGGAUCUUGAGUCUCAUCAGCAUCUUUUUUUCCAAUGUUCCUUCGUAGCAGGCCUCUGGGCGCACUACUGUGGCAACUAUGGACUCUCUGUUCCUUCCUCACUCAAUGCGGUUUCUUCUCUCCUGUCUCUUCGUCAGGUUGGUGACACACCAGGCCUCCGGGUCGUGUUAAAGCUUCUUUUGCAGGCCAUCGUUUACUGCUCUUGGAGGGAACAGAACCUUCGUAGCUUCCAGCAGACCUCUUCGACUGAAGCCGGCGUCAAAGCUCAAGUCCAUCGCCUCCUUCGGGACCGCCUCAUCUCCACCCAGCCUCCAACGCCUGCUUCUACUCUGCUGCAGGUUUAUCUCUCGCUACUACCAUCCGGACUGUAA